AAUCAUCAGUAUCUGAUUCUCCAUCAUUAUCGACACGAAGCAAUGGCAUCCAAAAAUCUUAAACCAACAAACCCGAGCGCCCUCAAAGCCACCAUAGAUGCGAAGUGUGCGAAGCCUGUACCGCCUCCUUCCAAUGUCACACUCAAUGAGCAAACGGCCAUCGUCACGGGAAGCAACGUCGGCAUUGGCUUGGAAUGCUGUAAACAGCUCCUUCACCUGCACCUGUCUCAUCUCAUCAUGGCCGUGAGGAGCAUCGAAAAGGGUGAGACUGCUGCAGCUGGCCUUCGGCGGUCAUUCCCGCAAGUGAAGAUCGAGGUUUGGGCUCUGGAUAUGUUGUCAUAUGACUCUAUCCAGGCUUUUGCCCAGCGCUGCUCGACCGAGCUACCGCGAGUUGAUAUUGCGAUCCUCAAUGCCGGGCUUACGACACCAGAUUUCGUCAUAAACAAAUCUACCGGCCAUGAGACGGUAUUCCAAGUCAAUUACCUCUCGACAGUAUUCCUAUCUCUUCUGCUCCUGCCUAGCCUCAAGACCAAGAGCUCUUCGGAUCUUCCUGGUCGACUCACCAUAGUGUCUUCUGGACUCUCUAUUCAUUCCAAUUUUCCAAAUUACACCUCAGUUCCGUUGAUUCCUUCAUUCGAUGAUGGCAAAGGAUGGAAUCUGAGCGCAGCAACUGAGCGAUACAAUGUCUCCAAGACGCUCGAGACCAUGUUCGUGCUGAAGCUUAGCGAGCAUGUGCAGCCCUCAAAGGUUAUCGUCAAUGCUGUCGACCCUGGAUUCUGCGCAGGAACUGAUUUGCACCGCAGUCUAAGCGGGCCCUUGAAAGCGAUUUUCGGCGCCGCGAAGAUGGCCAUCGCAAGGCCUCUGGAACAAGGUGCAUGGACGUAUAUCGAUGCUGCAGUCGGAAAAGGGCAAGAGAGCCACGGAUGCUUCCUCUCAGACUGGCAGAUCAAACCAUUCCACGGCUUGAUGUAUACACCAGAGGGGAAGAAAUCGGUUGACCGAUUGUGGGAUGAGACGAUGGCAGAACUACGCUUUGCACACGUCGAAGACUGCCUCAAAUAG